AUGGAGGUUGGACCACGGGAUGGCCUCCAGAACAUCAAACAGUUGGUACCCCAGGAAGUCAAGACCGAGUUGAUCCAGAGUCUCGCAGAAACUGGGUUGCAGGAAAUCGAGGCAACAUCGACUGCCGGCGCCGAUGAGAUUGUGGUUUUUGCAUCCGUCACCAAAGCCUUCAGCAGAGCAAAUCAAAAUUGUACAGUAGACGAGGCUAUCUCUCAGGCCAGAGUUGUAAUCAAGGAAGCACUUGCCUCUGGUAUCAAAGUCAGAAGCGCAAUUUCCUGUGUUUUCUCGGACCCAUUCUCGGGGCCUACGGCCCGUAAAGAUGUCCUGGAAGUAGUGCAACAAUUUCUUGAAAUGGGAUGCUACGAAGUCGGACUGGGAGAUAUGCUUGGUGUUGGAACACCUAAGGACACGCAAAGUUUGCUUGAAGUCCUUCUCCAGGAGGUUCCUGCACAUAGACUUGCUGGGCAUUUUCAUGACACAUAUGGACAGGCUGUAGCGAAUUCGUACAAAUCCUAUGAGAUGGGCAUUCGGACCUUUGACAGCAGUGUUGCUGGCUUGGGUAGUUGUCCCUGCGCUCCUGGAGCUCGAGGCAACGUUGUUACGGAGGACCUUAUUUACACCUUCGAAAAAGCCGGUGUGAAGGCUGGAGUGGAUCUUGAAAAAUUGGUCGAUGUUGGGCAGUGGAUUUCCAAACGCCUCGGCAUUCCGUAUGGAAGCAGAGCUGGUGCAGCAAUCGCUCCUAAGAGGACGCAGACUCAACGCUCUCCGCCACGAAAACAUUCUCCUACAGAGUCGAGCGUGCCAAGAUCGUGGCAGGUGGUGGAGGAUACAAGAGAGUACAGGAUUCCUCGUGCAGGAACAGCGAUGAAGAUCACCCUAACUCGCCCCAAAAAUGGCAACGCGAUGACAAGCACCAUGCUCACAAGCCUAAAGAAAUUCCUCAAGAACUUGCACAAAGAUCCGACAGUAUACCAUGUUGCACUUGAGUCGGAGGGUAAGUAUUUUUGCACAGGUAUGGAUCUGAGUGGAGGCACCAACACAACAGAUAUGACAGGGGAAUCAAAUUACUACGGACAAGUGGCUGCUUUCUUUGAGGCUAUUGAUCAUGUACCACAAACCACCAUCGCAUUAGUUGACGGCCCGUGUUUUGGAGGUGGUGUUGGCUUAACUUUCGCAUGUGAUGUGCGCAUCGUUUCCCCGAAAGUCAGGUGGACGUUGAGUGAAGUAAAAAUUGGGGUCAGUCCAGCUGUUAUCUCCAAGUUCAUCGUACGUAUAUGGGGAGCCUGA